GGGGAGUGGGAGUGGUGGAAUGUGAGCACAGCGGAAUAUGAGCGAGGCGGAAUACAUUUGCUGUCCAGAAAAGGAGCGUGUACACCUGUGCAAAACUGGAGGGGCAGAGCCAGUACACCUGUGCAAGACUGAAGGGGGGGAGCCAGUACACCUGUGCAAAACUGGAGGGGCGGAGCCAGUACAACCUGUGCAAAACUGGAGGGGCGGAGCCAAUUACACCUGUGCAAAACUGGAGGGGCGGGGAGCCAGUACACCUGUGCAAGACUGAAGGGGCGGAGCCGGUACACCUGUGCAAGACUGAAGGGGAGGAGUUGGUACACCUGUGCAAGACUGAAGGGGAGGAGCUGGUACACCUGUGCAAGACUGAAGGG